AUGACGUGGAUUGCGGAAUGGUUGGGUAGUCUACCGACGCCGCUGCUGCUGCUGUUGUCCGCUGCGCUCCUCGCUCUUGUCUGGAUCCUAGCCCUCCUCAUAUCGCGGCUCGUUCUCCUGAACGCGGGGAUCAGCCACACGGAGCACGACUCACUGUUCAUGGAGGACCCUACCUCUGUGGACAAGGUGCCUCUGCCCUCGCUGUUUGCGCCGGCAGAGAAAUACCUCACUGUAGUGUGCCCUGCUUAUAACGAGGACAGAAGAAUUGCGGCCACUCUGGACGAAAUCAUCAGUUAUGUGCAGGAGCGAUCAGCCAAGGACGCAGCGUUUACCUACGAGGUCCUAGUGGUGGACGAUGGCAGCACGGACAGCACAGUCGCCGUGGUGUUUGACUAUGUUAAACGGCUUGGGAUCGACCGUGUGAGGGUGGUGAAACAGCGGGUCAACCAAGGGAAGGGAGCAGCUGUUAGGAAGGGCGCGCUGUGCUCACGGGGGGAGCUCAUCCUUUUUGCGGAUGCGGACGGUGCAACGCGGUUCACAGAUCUAGAGAAGCUGGAGAGAGAGCGCAAGUGGUAUUGCAACAUGCUCAUGUACGGCUUCUCCUUAUCGCCUCCCGCUGCUCGCACCCAUCGUCAUCGUUGCUUUGCUUUCCCCCCUCUCCCUUUCCCACUGCAGCGCAAAUGGUACUGCAACGUGCUCAUGUACGGCUCCCACUUUGCACGCAAGUGGUAUCGCAACGUGCUCAUGUACGGCUUCUACUUUGCAGUGCUGCUUGCUACAGGGGGGACGGGAGUGAGAGACACACAGUGUGGAUUCAAAAUGUUCACUCGCUCAGCUGCCCGAAAACUCUUCCGCAAUCAGAGGCUCAACAGAUGGACGUUUGAUGUGGAGCUGCUGUACCUGUGCAAGAAGCUGCACAUCAGGGUGGCAGAGGUAAUAGCCGUCAUCUUCCCACCACCCGACCUCCGCUUCCCCGCCACCCCAUCUCCCCUGCUCGCCGACCGAUCUCCCGUGCAACCCGCCCGAGUUCCCGUUCCCGCGGCCCGAUCUCCCAUUUCUGCCGCCCAAUAUCCCCUUCUCGCCUCCUCUCGCCUCCCCGUGCGUGCUCCUCUCGCCUCUCAGCGCGUGCUCCUCUCCCCUCCCAGCGCGUGCUCCUCUCCCCUCCGCGUGCGUGCUCCUCUCCCCUCCGCGUGCGUGCUCCUCUCCCCUCCGCGUGCGUGCUCCUCUCGCCUCCCCGCGCGUGCUCCUCUCCCCUCCCCGUGCGUGCUCCUCUCGUCUCUCCGCGCGUGCUCCUCUCCCCUCCCCGCGCGUGCUCCUCUCCCCUCCGCGUGCGUGCUCCUCUCCCCUCCGCGUGCGUGCUCCUCUCCCCUCCGCGUGCGUGCUCCUCUCGCCUCCCCGCGCGUGCUCCUCUCCCCUCCCCGUGCGUGCUCCUCUCGCCUCCUCGCGCGGCAUCCCCCCUGCACGCCCUCAUUUCCCCCCCUGCACGCCCUCAUUUCCCCCCCUGCACGCCCUCAUUUCCCCCCCUGCACGCCCUCAUUUCCCCCCCUGCACGCCCUCAUUUCCCCCCCUGCACGCCCUCAUUUCCCCCCCUGCAGGCUCUCAUUACCCCCCUUUUAUGCACCCGUUUCCCCUCUGCUCACUCUCUUUCACCCCUCACUCACGCGUUUUCCCCUCUGCUCACUCUCUUUCCCCCACACUCACCCUUUCUCCCCUCUGCCCACUCUGUUUCCCCCGUCACUCACCUUCUUACCGAAUUCUCACUUUUCAUUCACCCCUUUUUCCAAUCCCGCUUCCCCUUUUCCAUCUCUCCUUCAUGCCUCCCACCACCUCUCCCUGCCUUCCUUGCUUCUCUCCUUAUCUCCUUCAUGCCUCCCACCAUCUCGUUUUCCUUCUCAUCUCUUGUGGGCCACAUCACAAGGCCCGUCUGCCCUCUCACACUCUUCCUGCCAUUCUCACUCUCGCAAUCCUCACCGCCGUCCCUUCCUUCCUGUAACCAAUCUCCCCUCCCCCCUUUUCCCUUCCUUCCCUCCACUUCCUCCCCUUCCCUUCCUUCUCUCCCCAUCAUUCCCUCCCCUUCCUCCCCUCCCCUUCAUCCCCAUCCCUGCCCUUUCCUCCCUGCCCUUCCCUUCUCGACCCCGCCCUUCUACGUCACUCCUCGCCUUCUGCCCUCCAGUUCAUGUGCAUGUGCUGCCAUCACUUUUGCCCCAUACAUGCAUCUUAUUAACUCAUGUUUACUCGCUUGUAUUCCCUUUUCACCCUCCGUCCCUUCAAAUCUCCCCUCACUUACUACCCAUCUCCCUGCCUUUCCAUCACACCUCCCUGCCUUCUCAUGGAUUUGAGGCACCAUUGCGACACCAGGUGUCAUACAACCUGUAA